GAUAAGGGCUGAGGCGCGCUUGUUCCUUGUCUUCGCCUGCUGCCUGGGAGUUUUAGUGUUCGAGCCGCCGCAGUAACGACGUCCAGACAGCCUCAGUGGACAGACUGCGUUGUUGCACAGCAAACUAACGAACUACAGCGUUUAUUCGACGCACCAAAAACAACUGUCAUGGAAGGGCAGGCGCGCUUCUUGUUCUGGCUGCAACUUUUCACAGCCUGCCUGGUGUUUGGGGUGAAAGGUGAUCCCUGUGAUGUGAAUGUGUGCAGUAAUGGGGGAACCUGUGUGACUGGGACAGGGGCUCCGUUUAUUUGCAUCUGCCCCGAUGGCUUCACUGGAGAAACCUGCAAUGAUACAGAAACAGGGCCUUGCAACCCCAACCCUUGUAAGAAUGAUGGUAUCUGUGAGGCAAAGGGCAACUCCCGCCGAGGCGAUGUCUUCAAUGAGUACGUCUGCAAAUGCCAGCCAGGCUUUGAGGGAGUUCACUGCCAGAUCAGUGUCCAAGGAGCAGAUUUAUUUUCAAAGAAAGAUGUGAACGAUUGCGCCGGCCUGCCAUGUCAGAAUGGGGGCAUUUGCAGAGACUUGAACGGAGAUUUCAAAUGCCACUGCCCUUCCCCUUAUGUGGGCAAACACUGCCAACUUCGCUGUAUUUCCCUGCUCGGCAUGGAGGGAGGAGGCAUAGCUGAGUCCAAGAUUUCAGCCUCAUCAGUGCGCUACAGCCUGCUGGGCCUGCAGCGCUGGGGCCCCGAGCUGGCCCGCCUGCACAACAAGGGAUUGGUUAACGCCUGGAGCGCAGCUGCCCAUGACAAGAAUCCCUGGAUAGAAAUCAACAUGCAAAGAAAAAUGCGUUUUACAGGCAUAGUGACCCAGGGCGCCAGUCGCAUGGGUACAUCAGAGUUUAUUAAGGCCUUCAAAGUGGCUUCCAGUCUUGACGGAAAGACAUACACAAUGUACAGGCCGGACGGACUGAGGAAGGACCAGGUAUUUGUUGGGAACAUCGACAAUGACGGCACAAAGACCAACCUCUUUGACCCCCCCAUCAUUGCCCAGAACAUCCGCAUUAUUCCUGUGGUGUGCCGCAAGGCCUGCACCAUGCGCAUGGAGCUGGUGGGCUGUGAACUCAACGGUUGUUCAGAGCCCAUGGGCAUGAAGUCCCGACUGGUGUCUGACAGCCAGAUCACAGCAUCCAGCACUUUCCGCACCUGGGGCAUCGAAGCCUUCACCUGGCACCCACACUUCGCCCGGCUGGACAAACAGGGCAAGACCAAUGCCUGGACCGCAGCCACCAACGACCGCUCAGAAUGGCUACAGGUCGACCUGCUGUCUCCCAAAAGGGUAACAGGAAUCGUCACACAGGGGGCAAAAGACUUUGGCUCCAUCCACUUUCUCACAUCUUUCAAAGUGGCUCACAGUGAUGACGGGCAGUCCUGGACUGUGGUGAAGGAUGAGGCAACAAACACUGAUAAGAUCUUCCUUGGGAACAGCGACAACAACGUUCACAAAAAGAACAUUUUCGAGCCGCCGUUCUACAGCCGCUAUGUCCGCAUCCUGCCAUGGGAGUGGCACGAGCGCAUCACCCUGCGAAUGGAGCUCCUGGGCUGCGAUGAGUAGUGCUCCCCUGACCCACACCCUCCUUCCUCCCCUCCCUCCUCUCCCUCCUUCCUCGUCCUGAGCCGCACCUGCACUGCCUGGCUCUCACCUCUGGGGGGCAGCAAACAACAGCACAUGUAAUCAGAUCACCAUCACCAUCAAAACCCUGGCUGGUCAGAGAUGGGAGCUGUCACCCCUCGCCACUAUUAGCGGGAUCCUCAUUUCUUGUUUUGUUUUCUUGUCGUCUGAAGGGAUCACUCAAAACUGUGAUCUCUUCAGAAAGCAACUGUUAACAAAAUAAAUCAAAAGUAUUGAUUCCUUUGUUCCUCUCUUAGAAGUCAGGGGUAACAAGAUUGAUGCUUUACCAAUUGGUGCUGCUUGAACUUGGAUCUUAGAUCAACUCUACCUACCUAACACUGAACCUCCAAGACCCACAGCUGGUGAUGUACAUAAGCUCCAGGAAAUGGCUUGCACAUGACCUUUAAUCAAACUCCCCAUCUCCCCAUUAGACAUAGAGUAUAUAAAUAAAAUUUUAGAGGAAGCAUGGUUGAUUAACAAAAGCAUCAAAAGCUAAUCUCUUUAUCAGAAAACUUGAAUAAUAAAUCUACAAAAAAACUAAAGUCUUUCCUUUUACCGCUGAUCAUUUUCCUGUGAUAUAAGUUGGAAAAUAACAAGCAAUUAAAAAAAAAAAAAGAAAAAAAAAAUCAAAACUCUUUAAUAUAGGCCAGUUUGGCACAUGUUUAGAGUAAAAAGUGUCCCAAAGUGUGUCUUACAGUGUUAUCUUUGCAUUUUUUUAACGUGGUUUGGACAGUAAAAUUCCCAUUUUGUGUUUUCUCUGGUAGCUUUGCUUAGACCGCUUUUAGAAUGUUUAACAUGCAAGCUACGUGUGGUAAUGGAGCGUAAUUAUUGCAUAAAUCUACAGUAGCCUGUAAAAGGAGAAUGCACAUCCUUGAGUGAGUUUUGCAAAAAAACCUGUGUUUGAAAGCGUCUAUCCCAUCAUAUGACAUCAUCUUGUGCCAACGCACCCUCAGGUUUUCACGUUCUUGGGUUUGUUUUGAAAAAAGAACUCCUGAAUCCUGCUGAAGAAGCAGAACAAAGGACAAAUGUGGUGCCCAAUCGGUCGAUGAACAGUCUCUAUCAGUCAGUUUUGUAGCUAAACGGAUACAAUCUCAACACCUGAGGAAACACCCCCUCCCCCGCCGACAGGGAGGAUGUUAGAAAGGCCAAGGUCAAAAACGAUUCAGGAUCAUCGCCUACAGAGAGGAAAAAAGAGAAAGGGAAGCACUUUAUUGCUUUUGAUGAAAUAAUAUGAGACUUAGAUUUAUGAGAUCUACAGAAACGAGUCAAAAAAGAAAAACAGGAUUUAGGCUUUUGUAAUUUGGUAAUGGUCUCAGUCAUUUGACAGUGUUAUUUGCAGCUCACAUAAAUGUUUUUUUAUUUUAUUUUAUUAAGUGACGUUAUUUGGUUAUAAUUUUGAAAUUAUAUUAUAUUCUUUCAUUCUCAGAUUAGCAGACUGUCCAUAAAACAGUAGUCACAUUCUGUAGUUAAUUAUUAUCCUAGAUUUGUGUGAAUCAUAGCCUAAUUAGCACCAUCAACAGAGUUAUUUAGCUACAAGUUUAUGAGCACUGAAGGAUGUUAUCAUCUCGGGUGAAAGUAGAUCUGCGUACCACAAAUGCUAUUGAGCACCUCCCCUCGACUCACUCACUUUGCUAUGCUUAGAUGUGUUCACCCAGUUUGAUUUUUUCUAGCACUUUCUUGUUCGUGUUUUAUAUUAUACUGUUAAAAUAAAAGAGAAAAUUUUUUGAAUGUUUUCAUUGCAUUGUGCAGGAAAAAUAAGAAAAACCAAAACCAACAAAAAAAACAGUCUCUGAGUUUCUUUCCAGUUCAAAGCUUCAGACCUCUGCUAACAAGAUGACCAAAACAAUAAAAAGAAUAGAGAAGUAACCAGAUUCAUUCAGAUUUUUCAGAUGGGCUCGUGCAAUAUUAUUAUACAGUGUUAGUUUUGAUAACCAUGAAUAUUAAUUCAAGAUCUUUAAAAAUGCAUGAGGGGACGGCAGCAGUGCCGAGAGGUCGUAGACAGCUGUUGGUGUCAAACACUGUAAAAUAUUUAUUGUUGUCACAGACGGCUCUAGAAGCUGUCGUUUUUGUUACUCUGCAUGCAUUUUACUGACAAGUGUUGAGUUUGGUUUUUAAUGGUGAUAUUGCGUCACUCUUAGCAUUAAGUUUGUAAUCCAUUUUCUGUUUCCCUGCUUUUCUGUUUUUUAUUACUAUUAAAAUCAAAUUGAUGACACUGGUGUGCUCAUAUGGUCCAUUUCUUGCUAUGCUCACUGUUGACCUCAUAGAUUUUUGACUGGAUUUGGAGGUUUAUUUUUUUUCAUUUUUUUAUAUCAGUAUUGUGUUUUUAAAAAGAUGUUGUUUGCCCUUUGUAUCUCCUGAUGAAGACUAAAUAAAGAUUAAAGAAAAUAAAUGAUUUAAAAUACAAA